AUGACUGGUGACGCCUCGCAUAUGUACACUACGGCUACAGGAAUGGCUCAACGGCUUCGCAUUGCGAUCGGACUUGCGGCAUUGCGAUAUAAGCCCGCGGACCAGUCAUACGAUUCAUAUAUUCUUGAUCUGAGGAGAAGAUUUUUUCAUCAUUCCCCCCUUUCUCCUGGGCAAGCGAUAUGGCGCGAGAAGGCCCUAAAGCUUGAGCACCAAGUUCGCGAACUACAAUCUCGCCAUGACGCGGAUAUCGCAGAGAUAUCUACGCUGAAGGCGAAGCUUUCGUUCUCCUCGACUUCCAGUUCGACUCCAGAUUGCAGUCAGCUAUCGACGACAAACAAGAAGAAGCAAAAGAAGAGGGCGUUGGGGCCCUCUCAAGCCCCGCCGGUUGAGCAGGGUUUCGCUAUGGACAAGGCUCUUGUGGGCCUCCAGUCUUGUUUGGAAUAUAUUCGCCGUGAGUGGAAGGUUAAGCGCAGCUUUGAGGACGGUCUAACUUUGUUCAGCCGAUCACCCUUCCAGCUCAACGACCUCCGUGUCGUUGUCAUCCUCCUUCCGUUCGAUGGAAUGUCUGGUAUAUCAAGUAUCGCCAGCCGCCGACGAAUUUGCUUUGCGGUCUGGAUCUAUGCUUCUGUCAUGCGUCUCUCGCGCAACUCGUACCCUCGGAUCUCUGUUCUGCUCAUCACUCCCAUCUAG